GCAGACGUGAGAGUCUGAGGCGGUGCUGUGCUCAGCGCUCCCUGCGUCUUUGCUGCCGCUGAUCUCUGUUGCAGUGGAGGCUGCAAGGUAGGGCACCAGCCUGAGUGCCCGGGACCUGCAGGAACAGACUGUCUGUGGUGUGAGGAUCAGGGGUGACCAGGAGAGCCUCACCACCACCACCACCACCACCACCACCUUGCUGCUGGCAUCUCCAGCCAUAAAGGAAAGGAAAAGUUUGAGUGCAAGAAGACUUGAGAGUGAGAGCAGGUCCACUAGACACAGCCUUGCACACACUGGUGAAGGAAACCAUGAGUGCCAAGAGUGUGGGAAAAGACUCCCUGGGAAGGGUGACCUCACCAAGUACACCCACACACUCUGGAGGAAGACCUCAUGAAUGCCGUGAGUGUGGCAAAAAGUUCAGUAAGAAGAGGGACCUCAACACACACACCCUGACACACACUGGUGAAAGACCUCAUGAAUGCCGUGAGUGUGACAAAAAGUUCAGUCAGAAGAGUAACCUCAACACACACACCCUUACACACACUGGUGAAAGACCUCAUGAAUGCCGUGAGUGUGACAAAAAGUUCAGUCAGAAGAGUAACCUCAACACACACACCCGUACACACACUGGUGAAAGACCUCAUGAAUGCCGUGAGUGUGGCAAAAAGUUCAGUACGAAGAGUGACCUCAAGAAACACACCCUUACACACACUGGUGAAAGACCUCAUGAAUGCCGUGAGUGUGGCAAAAAGUUCAAUCAGAAGAGUCACCUCAACAGACACACCCUUACACACACUGGUGAAAGACCUCAUGAAUGCCGUGAGUGUGGCAAAAAGUUCAUCAGGAAGAGUGACCUCAAGAAACACACCUUUAUACACACUGAUGAAAGACCUCAUAAAUGCCGUGAGUGUGGCAAAACGUUCAGUGAUAAGGGUCACCUCAACAUACACACCCUUACACACACUGGUGAAAGACCUCAUGAAUGCCGUGAGUGUGGCAAAAAGUUCAGUGAUAAGAGUAACCUCAACAGACACACCCUUACACACACUGAUGAAAGACCUCAUGAAUGCCGUGAGUGUGGCAAAAAGUUCAGAGCCAAGAGUGACCUGAACACACACACUUUUAUACACACUGGUGAAAGACCUCAUGAAUGCCAAGAGUGUGGCAAGAGGUUCAUUUCUAUGUCUGUGUUGGACAAGCACAUCUUCAGACACUCUGGCCUGAGAGAGUUCAAGUGUGAUGUUUGUAAGAAACAUUUCAAGACCAAGCAGGAUAUUACUCGGCACAUGAAGAUCCACUUCCCCUGAGGUGUUGUGUUGUGCUGCUGUAAGUGUUAUGCACGGAACUUUCCAUAUGACUCAAGAAUCACGUGACAGUACAAUUCUGUAUAGCUUGCACUUCUCUCUGCCAGCAGUGGUCAGUUACAGGCUGGCAGCCGCGACAUCCACACGUUUGUCACUCGUCUCGUUCGUGGCUUGUAUACACCGUUCUUGUUGUGCUUCACAGAUAAAUACAUUGUGGACUAAAAACAUGGACCUUUUCAUAAACUCAACCAAAGUAAUGUAUGUGGUGGGGGGCAGCGUUUGGUAGCCCAUCCUGGUUCUGCCGACAGGCCUGACCAAACAGCUGUUUUCCUCGAUGCAUCUGCCUAAGGUAAGCCUGCCGCCCAUGGCAGGUUUACCUUGUGCAGACGCAUAGGGGGGAAUUACACAGCUCAGGGCUGGACGCUGCGGAACACCUGGCCUCUGGCCUUGCCGUCACUUCUUAAUGGGGCACAGGGAACUUGGUGACCUUCAGUGCCUCAAAAACUCAAUUUCUCCAGACAUCUUUCCCCUGUCCUUCGACAACACUCAGCCGUCCCCAUCACCCCGGGACGCAGGGCCAGUGUGUCACCAGGGUUACCCCAGCGUGCCUUUCCCAGGUGUCCCCAGGUACCCAUUUAUCAACCAGCCCGAAAGGAAGGAUGAACAGCUGGAUGGACUGCACGCCGACUGCCCGGGCCAGGGUUCAAACUUCAAACCCAGACCACGCUAACCACUGCACCACGGACACGUAAUGAUGGAACUCAUUGCUUAUAAUAUACCGAAGAGAGAGAGAGAGUGAGAGUAUAUUUGUCUGUGUUUCUUUCAUUUUUUUCAUGGUUCCCUUCUUUUCUUCAGUUACUCUUUUCCUAUCUUUAUCUCACACUGUUUUGUUUCAUGUGUUAUUUCUCUAAUUUGUUUAUUAAUCUCUCCAUCUUCAUCUCUUUACUUUCUCUUUGAAGCUUGCCAUCUCAUUCUUUCUUUCAUUUGAUUCUCUCUCUCUCUCCAACAUUCUCUCAUUCUUUCUGACAUUCUUUUUCUCACAUUCUCUCAAUCUCAUUCUCAUUCUCUCUCAGUCUCUCUGUUUCUCAUUCUCAUUAUCAUUCUCCCUCAUUUCAUUCUCCCUCAUUUUCAUUUUCUCUCAAUCUCAUUCUUAUUCCCUCUCUCCCAUUCUGCCAUUUUCAUUCCCUCUCUCAUUUUCUCAUUCUUAUUCUGUGUAUGGCCCGUCGAGCACCGCGCCGACUUUGAAGGUAAUAAAACAUAAUUUUACCUUUUUAGGAACA